AUGGACGCAGCCAUAGAAUAUUUCCGAAUGAGCGCUGAGACAGAAGAUCCGACCGCUAUGUAUGAUUACGGCGUUGUGCUAAUGAGGGGUCAAGGAACAAAGAAGGACAUCUCGCAAGGACUUCACCAAAUCAAAAAAGCGGCUGAAAAGAAAAACCCGCAAGCUCUUAAUGCUCUCGGAUGGUUUGCACUUGAAAAUGACAAGAACUAUACCUUAGCAGCUGAUUAUUUUGAACAAGCCUAUAAGAUGGGCAACCCGGACGCUGGCUAUCACCUUGGCCACAUGCAUUUUACUGGAAUAUAUCCCCAAAGAAAGGCAAACGCGGAUGUUGCAUACAAUUACUUUGUCUGGGCAGCCAGUAUGGGUCAGGUUGAAGCAGGUCUUAUGGUUGCAUAUCAGAACAUGCGGGGAACGGACAACCUUCCAAGACAGGAAAGCAUUGCUGUGGAGUGGGCCCGUUUCAUUGCCGAAAAGAAUCCAGCACUUGGUUACAUGCUAAGGAAAGGUCUACAUGCCUACAGAGAUGGCAACACUGAAUUGGCACUUUUUUACUAUAUGAUGGCCGCAGAAGCUGGAGUGGAAGUGGCUUCUUUCAACGUGGCUUGGUUGUGUGAAGAAAACAAGAACGGUUUUGUGAAUUUUAUCGAGUAUAUUUCAAUGACUUUAAUCAAGAUGGGUGAUUAUUAUUGGUACGGGUGUGGAGGCAAACGAGACACUGACCUGGCAACGCGACACUAUCUCCAUGCUGCCCUCAAAGGCUCACCUCAUGGUUUGUUCAACUUGGCCCAGAUUGUCGAGGAAGGAGUUCCGAUAAACAAAAUCUACUUGGAUGCGUUGGCUGUUGGAGAAGAGGCUCGGAAAAAUAAUGUUACACUUUUAGUCGAGUUAUACACAAGCCGGAGCACACCCGUCAUAAAGGAUUUUCUCUACCGCUAUUUCAAGACAAAUAAGAAUAACUAUGUCUAUUUCUUUCUUCCUCUCUAUCUACCUAUCUAUUCCUGUUACAUUCUGAUCAUAUCUAUCUAUCUAUCUAUCUAUCUAUCUAUCUAUCUAUCUAUCUAUCAAACUUCUGUUUAUAUCUAUCUAUGCUUCAUAGUAUUAAUAUAUAUCUCAUUUUUAACCAUCUAUCUAUCUAUAUGGUUUUCUCUGAUGUGA